AUGCGCUUCUACAUUCUUCUUGGACUCGCUGCUAUGGCCAUGGCCGCAGCCACAGGCGAGCUGGGAUCUGACUUGGCUCCCCCGGAGAGCCUGAAUACGACUACUAGCGACGAAGGCACUGCUGACUACGAUGGCGGCAAUGUGGUGUAUUCAUGCUACUGGGAAGGUUCUGCUCCAUUCUGUAGAGGCAGAUGCAAAAGCGGCUGGAGAGAGUGCCUACACAUCUGA